AUGGGAGAAAAACAAACUUCUUACACAUAUUCGUCCCCACCACCACCAUCAUACAAAACUCCAGAGAAAAAAUAUACUCCUUACACAUAUUCAUCUCCGCCACCACCAUCUUAUAAAACUCCAGAGAAUAAGUACACUCCUUACACAUAUUCUUCCCCACCACCACCAUCUUACAAAACUCCAGAAAAUAAGUAUACUCCUUACACAUACUCGUCCCCACCGCCACCAUCUUACAAAAUUCCAGAGAGGAAGUACACUCCUUACACAUACUCGUCCCCACCGCCACCAUCUUACAAAACUCCAGAGAAGAAGUACACUCCUUACACAUACUCGUCCCCACCGCCACCAUCUUACAAAACUCCAGAGAAGAAAUACACUCCUUACACAUACUCGUCCCCACCACCACCAUCUUAUAAAACUCCGGAAAAGAAGUACACUCCUUACACAUACUCGUCUCCACCGCCACCAUCUUAUAAAACUCAGGAGAAGAAGUACACUCCUUACACAUACUCGUCUCCACCGCCACCAUCUUAUAAAACUCCGGAGAAGAAUCCAGAAAAGAAGUACACUCCUUAUACAUACUCGUCCCCACCACCACCAUCUUACAAAACUCCGGAAAAGAAGUACACUCCUUACACAUACUCGUCCCCACCACCGCCAUCUUACAAGACUUCAGAGAAGAAGUACACUCCUUACACAUACUCGUCUCCACCACCGCCAUCUUACAAGACUCCAGAGAAAAAGUACACUCCUUACACGUACUCAUCUCCGCCACCACCAACUUACUAA